GGUUAUCACACUGUUCGCAGGAAGACUUAUUUGAGAGAGUUUUACUUUUGGGGGACACAAAGAUUUGGAGAAAAAGUUUACUAAAAAAGAAUCUGGGGAAGUAAGUGAGAUGAAGGAAGAGGAGGAGAUCGGAAAACCAGCGAAACCAAAAGCCAAGAAAGAUGUUGCUCCUGGGAGGUUGAUUGAUACCUAUGCUGCACAGUGCGAUAACUGUCACAAGUGGAGGGUGAUUGAUAGCCAGGAGGAAUAUGAAGAUAUCAGAAGUAAAAUGCUCGAGGAUCCUUUUAACUGUCAGAAGAAACAGGGCAUGUCUUGUGAAGAGCCUGCUGAUAUUGACUACGAUUCUUCUCGGACUUGGGUCAUUGACAAGCCUGGUCUCCCCAAAACGCCUAAAGGUUUCAAGAGAAGCUUAGUUCUCAGAAAAGAUUACUCUAAGAUGGAUACCUACUACUUUACUCCUACCGGGAAGAAGCUCAGGAGUCGCAAUGAAAUCGCUGCCUUCGUUGAAGCCAAUCCGGAAUUCAGGAACGCACCACUUGGAGACUUCAAUUUCACUGUCCCCAAGGUCAUGGAAGAUACUGUUCCCCCUGAUCCGAAGCUUGGCUCUCCUUUUCCAAGCACUACUACCACUACUUCAGAGAAGAGCAGUGUCAAGCAGAGCCAUAACUAAUAUGUUCUCUUCUACCUUCUUUCUGCUCCCUAAAGCAAUGCGUUUUGAGUCUUUAUAGAUUUGAUGUUCUCUAAAACUGUUAUGAUAUUAACAUCUCUAAGCAAAAAAAUAUGAUCUUUUGUCUCUUCUUUAACCGGAACUCAAAUGUUAAAUAUUCUUUUAAUUUGGAUUCUUACACCAAAGAAACACACUUAUUCCUUA